CUUAUUAAAUAGAAAUGAAUGUGUUUCGACUGUGCGGAGAUCUGUCUCACUUGCUGGCCAUAUGUUUACUACUCUGGAAGAUAUGGAAAUCAAGAUCUUGUGCCGGUCUGUCCGGGAAGAGUCAGGUGUUGUUCCUACUGGUGUUCGUCACCAGGUACUUGGAUUUGUUCACAACCUUCAUCUCGGCCUACAAUACGUGCAUGAAGGUGUUCUACAUAUUCGCCAGUGCGGCUACGGUGUAUUUGAUCUACUUCAAGUUCAAGGCCACCUAUGACUCCAAUCAUGACACCUUCCGACCGGAGUUCCUCGUCGUUCCCGUCGCCGGUCUGGCCGUUCUCGUUAAUCAUGACUUCUCUCUCCUUGAGAUCCUGUGGACUUUCUCGAUUUACCUGGAGUCGGUGGCCAUUCUCCCCCAGCUGUUCAUGAUCAGCAAGACGGGCGAGGCAGAGUCCAUCACUUCCCACUACCUGUUCGCCCUGGGUAUGUACCGGGCACUGUACAUCUUCAACUGGGUGUACCGGUACUACAACGAGGGCUUCUUCGACCUCAUCGCCAUCGUAGCCGGAUGUGUCCAGACUGUUCUCUACUGCGAUUUCUUCUACCUUUACAUCACCAAAGUUCUAAAAGGCAAGACAUUGACACUACCAGCUUAAUAAAUUCAACCCGCUGUUUUACAUCACUUGAUCGGAAGUUCAACGGAAUGAAACGGAACAUCAAACAUUAAGAGGAGCUGAUAUGGGUUUUCAAAGAAGAAAAACUGCAGAACUCUAACUCCAACUGUACUUGCUGUAAUAUGUAGAUAAUGAUAACUGUUGUCGUACUCUCUUAAUUCAUCUAACAUCAUUCAUAUCAAGUGCGAAUUCUUUAUGUGAAUUUCUGUGAACUUACUUUCUUUCAUUCGAUCAGCAAUUUUGAAAAUACUCGAAUAGUUUUAAACAAGGAAACAUUUUUAAAUGGCACCAUGUGAAGUUCAUCUAUCCUGAUAGUAGAGAUGAAAUGGAACAAGAACAUCUUUACAAAAAUGCUGACGUUGACUAUGAAAGCUAACCGGAGCUUAAUUCAACUGUGCAUCACCAUCGGUAAUGUGGCUUGUACAUGAAAUGAUUUGGAUGUACUUUGUUUGCUGUGGUUCAACUAAAAAUAAAAUUUGCUCAGUAAAAAGCGAUAUGAUGUGAUGAAAAAUUAUGGAACUUGAAUUGUCAUGUUUACUCAUGACAAGCGUUUGCAUUUGUACCGCAGAAAUAAAACUUGCUAGCCUCGUAAUUCAUGCUCAUUUAGGUUCAAAAAUGACGUUUUCGAUCAGUAAUAUAAAAAUAUUUAAUUAUAAUCUGCUUGAUUUAUAGCAGGGCUUAAUGGAAGGAAUUGAAUCGAUUAUUCGGGAAAAUAUGUUUUCAUUUGUAUAUUUCUUGUAAAAUAUGGGUGCUCUUUCAUUAUUUAAAUUAAAUAUAAAUCCAAUUCCGAAGUUUAUUAAUGCCUUAAUUUUUUUGACCGCUCGUUAUUUUGCUUUUACCCGUAAGAAAAUUGGAAAGACCAAAGAGGUGAAGUUUUUAACGCGCCGAAUAUUUGCUGCUAAUUGAAUGUUAAUUAAGUAAUUAAUUACAUGGACUCGUCUCGUGAAUGAUGAAAUGAGAAGCUUGCAUUUUUCUUCACUAUAAGUCUUUAAACUGACUCAUAGAUAUUGUUGUUGUUGUGUCUAAAGCAGUGGUUGCGGUUACCUACCCAUUUUGUGUUUGACUCAGUCGAUAUAUGAUGUUUCUUAUGCUAUAUUAUUGGUAUAAAUUCAGUAUUAAACUCA